AUGGAGCUUUUGUUUCGACAACUGAGUACCGCUUCCAUCAACAGCUUUCUCUUGAGGAGGUUUUCGAGGUCCUUUGCUCAAAAAGCUGGUAGAGCAAAUAUAAAAGGUCAAGCUUCAAGACACAAGCUGAAGAGUGAAAUUUCAAGCACCAAGAAGCCUCAAAGUCGCAAUAGCAAAAGUACGGGUAGUGCCAACGUAUUUCAUUAUGGAAGUUUUGGUGGACUCAAAGAGAUAUCAGAUACAGAGCAACAGAAGGCUUUGGGUGUAUUGAAUAAAAUCACAGAAUUCGAACAACUGAAGAUUCUGCCACAAGUGAGAAGCGCCAUUCAAGAAGUGAUUUCGGAAGAAUCCAUUGCAAUUCCGAGCGAAAAAACCUCAAAUUCAACUUCGAUCAAGCCUUCCCCGAUUCAAAUCACUGUAAUUCAAAAGCUGUCGAAGACGCUUAUGGACAAAAAUUUACAGGUACAUACAGUUGCUGCAGAAACUGGGUCUGGCAAAACAGUUGCAUAUCUGACGCCACUGUUUGACUACUUGAAGCGAGUUGAGCUAGAAGCACCCGAAAGCUGGGACCUAAUUAAGGACAAGGCCAUAAUUCGCGCUGUUAUUCUGGUUCCAACACACGAGCUUGUGGAACAGGUUUACAAAACUGUUGAGCAGAGCGCAAAAUUAUUGAACCUCCAUGCGUUUCGCUGGAACAUGGACACAAGCUACAACGAUUUUAUAGAGGCCGUCAAGAACAGAAUCGACGUUUUGGUUACAACCCCUGGAAAAAUUCAGAAUAUGUUCAAAGUUAGGAUUAUCAAUAGACCCGAGCGACUACUUUCAGGGGUACGUUUCGCUGUCUUAGAUGAGGCAGACACGCUCAUGGAUAGAUCAUGGCUCGAAGAAACACAUGGUGCCAUUCAGUCGAUGCCUAAUGUGAAUCACCUCCUAUUUUGCUCCGCUACUAUUCCCAGUGAGUUUAGUAAGACCAUGGAGCGCAUUUUCCCUACUUCGCAGUCCGUAACUACGCCCAAGCUGCACAAAAUCUCACAGAAGAUUGACUUUAAAUUAAUAGACGCUAGCCUCAACCCAUACAAAGGGUCUAAGACAAAGGCGCUUGCACAAAUCCUUUAUGCGAUUAUGAAAGAUGGUACAGAAGAAGGAUUUGAGAAACGUUGCGUUGUCUUCGUUAAUGAGAAAAAGGAUGCUAGUAAACUUGCAGAUCAACUUUGCUCUAAAUAUGGACAUGACUGUGUCAGCCUUACCGGAGAAGAUUCGGUAGAGGAGAGGCUGAAAAAAAUUGAGGUUUUUGUCAAACGUCCUAGGCUUUUGAAGGAUUUGGAUUUCGAAUCUGCACCUGCCCCGCUGCAGGACGAAGGUUCUCUGACAUUGCCUAACUCCAACAUUAGACUUACCAAGCCAGUGGUAUCCCCAGAUUCGAGGAGAAUCUCUCUCAAGGUUUUAGUCACUACAGACCUCAUGGCAAGAGGAUUAAAUUUUCAAGGUGUACGAAACGUUAUUCUUUACGAUGUCCCAAAGACUUCGAUCGACCUUGUGCAUAGAGCCGGCAGAACAGGCAGAAUGAAGCAAGGUGGAAGAGUUUUCAUGAUUACUGAUAAAAGAACCAAAUCCUGGGCUAAAGCGGUACCAAAAAUUGUUAGAAACAAUAAGGCAUUAUCAUAA